UCCUCAGUCUAAAAUCUAAACGGCUGUCGUUGAAAAACAAAACGGGAAAAUCGCCUUAACUUAACGCUUUGUUCAGAAGAACUAAUGCGGGCAUCAUCAUGGACAACAGAACAACGAACGAAAAAGCUUCCUCUUUGAGAUGGAAAAUCCUUCGCCGCGCACUUCUCUCACGCUCGUCUCCACCACACCCAGACGAGCAAUCUCAAAUGAUUACAAAGAGCAUUUCACGAAGGACCGGCCAUGGAUUCAACUUGAUACUUUCUCACGUAAUCGCCGAUAGUUCUUCUUCCACCAGAGACGCUCGCGUUUGUUACACUUUACCCAUCCCUGGCGCUCCUCAACUCUUUUUGACACAAAGAGUGGACAACCGUGCUGACCUCAGUGAUUUUGAGAUAUGUAACAGAUACAACAUUGACAACACUGGGCUUGUCUGUAAUUGGCCAUCAGAAGAUGUUCUUGCUCACUAUUGCUUGUCACAUGCAGAUAUAUUCAGGUCUAAAAAAGUUAUUGAGCUUGGUUCUGGCUACGGCUUGGCUGGAUUUGCUAUUGCAGCUGCUACGGAGGCAUCGGAGGUUGUAAUCUCAGAUGGAAAUCCACAAGUAGUUGAUUAUACUCAGCGUAACAUUGAGGCCAACUCUGGAGCAUUUGGGAAUACAGUUGUAAAGUCUAUGACUCUUCACUGGAAUCAGGAAGAUACUUCUAAUAUUGCAGACUCAUUUGAUAUCAUCAUUGCAAGUGAUUGCACUUUCUUUAAGGAUUUCCACAGAGACCUUGCUCGUAUUGUCAAACAUUUAUUAUCAAAAGCAGGAUCUUCUGAGGCUAUAUUUUUAAGUCCAAAAAGAGGCAAUUCAUUGGACCUGUUCUUGGAGGUGGCCAAGGAAAACAGUUUGCAUUUCAGUGUAAUGGAGAACUAUGACGAAGAAGUCUGGAAACGUCACAAGGGAUUCUUGAAUGAAGAUAGGGACUCUUGGCCCAGUUAUGACAAAGGUCACAGCUAUCCUCUCUUAAUCAGAAUUACCCUUUGAAAUUUCUAUCGAACAUUCUCAUGGGGCCUCUUUCUAUUGUUGGUUGACCCUUGCUAGACAAAGUUCAAACCUAUUCCGAGACAGGAGUUGUCCUAAUACAGACACUUACCAAUUGCAUGUUUUCGUUGUGUCAUAUAUUAUUUUGUUGGGGUCACAUCUUCAGUAGACAGCACUAUUCUCAGCCACGAAGGCUCAAAUGAAUAUGUAUGUAUGCAGUGAUUCACCUCUAAAGCGAAGAUUAAUACUAAAAGCACUCGAGAUAAGCAAAACCUUUUUCUUUUUAGGCCAAUCCACUUGGUCAUAGCAGCUAAAAGAAGGAAAAAAAGUAGUAAUUAAAAGUUCUGCGUCUGAUAAUAGUAUGCUAGUAGUGAUCAAAAUGUUUGCUCUACUGUGCCCCAUUUAUGAUUAAAAAAUGGCAGGUUAGAUGAAUCAUGUGUGGAUUUGUUGUGGACUUGUGGUUUUAUUAUCUGUAACGGUAUCUAGGAUUUGCUAUUGGUUUCUGCACUUCAACUUUUGACAGAAAAAAGCUUCCUUAUCUUCGUUGAAGCAUCAUACUUACAAGCUUUUAGAUGAGCAGAGUCCAUUGGGUAAACAAAGCAACUCCACCAGUGGAAUGAAGUUGCACUGUGUGAAAAGCUAGCAAUUGGUUCAAUUAAACUAGAAUUUAAUCGCUUUUUCUCUCGUUGUAAACAGUAAUGGGAUGUGCUUUGUCUUUGUAGUGAGAUUAUGUAUGUACAUGACACGGGAUUCUUAGCUAUUACGGAAGCAACUAUAAGUAUUAAUUUCCAUUUAUUGCUUUGUCGA